AUGAUUUCAUUUUUCGGCUUCUUAAUAUUCUCAUAUUUGAUUUAUCGAUUAUACCAACAUUUCCUUCCAUCACCUAAUAUCAAUCCUAAAGGCAAAUAUGUUCUCAUAUCUGGAUGUGACACUGGCUUUGGCCAUCAGGUAGCUCUUGAACUUGAUAAACAAGGCUUCAACGUUCUCGCUGGUGUCUACCUUCCAGAUAGUGUGAAUUCAUUAAAGAAUAAACUCUCAUCCCAAGCAACUGUAUUUCCUCUUGACAUUACCAAGCAGGACGAUAUAAAUGCCGCUUUUGAACUGGUGCAAAAUAAGACGAAAGUUUUACAUGCAUUAGUUAAUAAUGCUGGUAUUGCAAUAGCCGGCCAUGUGGAUUGGACAACUGUGGAAACUAUGCGUCGAGUAAUGGAUGUGAAUUAUUUUGGGCAUGUGACUAUGACCAAAACGUUUUUACCAUUACUGAUUGCAAAACGUAACUCACGCGUAAUCAACAUAUCUUCUAUGUGCGGUUAUAUCGCUCUUCCAGGUUCUUCGGGAUAUUGUUCAUCAAAAUAUGCAUUGGAAGCAUUCUCAGAUUGUCUUCGUCGUGAGAUGAUUCCAUGGAAUUUACAUGUUAGCAUCGUCGAGCCAGGUACGAUGAGAACGACAAUCAUGGAAGGAUUGGAAGAUAAUUUAAGAAAUGUUUGGCUUCGAUUACCUAGCGACGUUCAGCAACGAUGGGGUAAAGAAUAUUUCGAUCGUACGCUCAAAAUGGUCAUCAACAGCCCGUUCAUUAAAUAUGCCGAAUCUGCAAACAAAGUAGUUCGAGUAAUCAAUCAUGGUAUAGUUAGUAGUAAACCUCGAAUUCGUUAUCGACCAGGAUGGCAGUCAAAUCUUGUCUUUUUCCCAUUAUCGCUCUUACCAACUUUUCUUCUCGAUAAACUAAUAGCCCUGGGAUUCCGUGGUCGUCCUGCGGGAAUAAUACAUCAAAGCGAUUGA